AUGCCACAUGAAAAAACUCACAAUGCAUUGAAUUCCAUACCCUUUUUUGGCCCUGAUCCAAAAUUUAAUGGACCUAUUAGUAAUGUUACUGUUCCAGUCGGUCGCGAUGCUACACUCACUUGUGUUGUACAUGAUUUGGUCACAUUCAAGGUAGCGUGGCUACGUGUCGAUACACAAACUAUUUUAAGUAUUCAAAAUCAUGUCAUCACUAAAAAUCAUCGAAUUGGUAUUGCGCAUACGGAGCAUCGUAUUUGGCAACUGAGAAUUCGAGAUGUCCGUGAAUCCGAUCGUGGUUGGUAUAUGUGUCAGAUAAAUACAGAUCCAAUGAAAAGUCAGGUCGGUUAUUUAGAUGUGGUAGUACCACCUGAUAUAAUAGAUUAUGAAACAAGUCAAGACAUGAAUGUUAAGGAAGGCCAAAAUAUAAGCCUUACUUGUAGUGCAACUGGUUUACCAUUUCCUGCAAUAACUUGGCGACGAGAAAAAGAUUUACCAAUAACGUCAAAUAACGGACGUGAAGUUUAUAGUAUAGAGGGACCAAAUAUAACACUUUGGGAAGUGACUCGUAGUAGUAUGGGCGCUUACCUUUGCAUUGCUUCAAAUGGCGUACCACCCACGGUCAGCAAAAGGAUUUCAGUUAUUGUCAACUUUAAACCUAAUAUUUGGACUCGCUAUGAUACAAUAUAUGUGAACUAUGGACAGAAAAUUACUUUGGAGUGCAUAACGGAGGGUUAUCCGACUACAGUGAAUUUUUGGCUAAAAGAAAAAGAUUUCAUCCAGGGUGGAACUUAUGAAUCUCUGACACUUGACAACGUCUAUAAAAUAGUAAUGCGUCUAACUAUAAAACCUUCGAAGGCGAAAGAUUUUGGAGAAUAUAAAUGUGUAGCCAAAAAUAUGGUAGGAGAAACUGAUCAGUCAAUCACCAUUUUACAUAAGGCCAAAAAAGAUAUCCACCAAUCAAACCAAAUUAGAAAUAAUGGCAAUCAGUUAAUAGUUAUAGAAGCCACACAAUUAACGUCUGUUGGUGAUAAAUCGCAUGAUUCUGUUGGUGAAUUCACUCUACCAAAUUUCACUUCACAUUCACUCUACAUGUCCGAAAAAUUUUACCACGCAACCUAA